AUGGCACUCACAAUCAAGCAACUCAACGGUGAUACCGCCUUCUUACUGAGCUUUGAGCCCAUUGAGUGCCCUUCAGCGGCACCGUGGGCGGCUCCGGAACCCUUCCGCAUCCUCUUGGACCCCUGGCUAGAGGACUCGUACUCGAUCAACCCGAAAGCCUCGUUUGCGUCUCACGUCCAGGUGGCGUGCGUGUCAUCGCUGCAACAACUCGCACAGCCCGAUCUCGUCAUCAUCACCAACGCUCGCAGCGAACACUGCAAUGAAACCACUUUGCGCCAGCUACCUCCUACGGGCACCAAGACGCUCAUCCUGGCGGAGCCCGCGGCGGCAAAGUUGAUUCGAAGCUGGAAGUACUUUGACGAAGACAUGGUCAGGACUCUGGAACGAUGGGAGACUCGCACCAAGAGCCGAGAGACCGUUGUACGAGUCCCAGUGCCGCCGCAGGUCUGUGGCGGCAACGAAGGGGAGGUGACGGUUUCCUUGAUACAUCAGAAAAGGGACCUCACCGGUCUCCAUUCCGCAGUCGCCAUCACCUAUCGUCCUCCCCCGCCGCAUGCAUCAAUCUUUCGCCGCCAGGCCACGACACCGCCCAAGUCGCCGACGGCUUCCGUAUCAGACCUCCCUCCGCAGAUCCCCACGCCGCGCCUUUCCCUCUUGCAAACCCCCGACUCCCCGGUUUCCGCAAUACUCGGACCCUUUACUCCGCCAGCAUCGCCUGACUUUAUGAAGCUGCGGACAGUCCGCUCGCUGGCGUCCAUACCGCCCCAAGCGCGCAACCGGGCCGUGUCGCUGGUCUACUCCCCUUACGGCACGUCUUACAGCUGCAUGGAGCCGUAUGUCACCUCGCAUCUUCUGGCGGAAGCAGCCCUUCCGUUGACGGCUAUGCUGCACCCAUUCGAUACAGUGCCGCAUCCGUGGGGGCUGAGCGGCAACCUUGGAGCCGGAGUUACUGCCGGGCUGGAGACGGCAAAAUCAUCGGGAGUGCGUGCGUGGAUCAGCGCCAGGGAUGGCAGGAACGUCGGCGGCCUUGCUGGCAAGCUGGUGUAUCGAAAGAAGUAUCCGCGCGAGGAGGUUGAGGAGGUUAUCCGACAGGCUCUGGGACGGUCCACGCCGAGGGGCAGCGGUGGAUACGCUCGCGGCAAAAAGCCCGGCCGGACAACGGAGACGCUGGCGCUGAGUCAAGGCGACGAGGUGACGAUGACGAGUGAGGGCAUCUGGGAGGAGACGGAGUGUCCCAGCCCGCUUCAGUACGCCGACGAGAAGCUCAACGCGCUGCUGAGAACCUAG